AACAACCUGCACAAGAAGAAGAUCAUGAUUGUUGUGCACACUGGUGCAUCUAAUGCUGCAUCUCCACUGUUCAGCCUGUUACCUCGUGAUAAUGCUAUCAUACCAGGUGUAUUUCGCCGUGCCCUUUAUCUCGGCUCGGUUCUGUUUUGAUACCGUACCAUUUCUGGUUACGUGUUUUAUCGCAUGUUCACUAGCAGGUCUAAUUAUUUUUCUUUGAUAUGUACAUACGUCACGAUUUACUCC